UUUUUUCCUGUUGCUUUUUCUACUCCUGAACUGAAAAAGUGAUCAAACAGCCAACGGCCCGCCCAUUCAAGUUAUUUCUUCUGCCUCUCUGUGCAUCAUCUAGUCUACAACCUCCUCUCCCACCGCUCUCUUCUCUCUUCCCUUCUCCUCCGCUCUUUUCUUUCACCUUUUUACCAAUUCCACCCCGACAAAGGCCCCUCCGCUAGCGACAUACGUCCCGCUCCACAACUGGAACGAGGAAUCGCCAGCCCAGACCUAGACCCAGGCCUCGACAACUCCGUCGCCCGAUCGUCCGUGGUCGCUUGUUUAAUUACAUUUUCCCCCUACACCCCUGGUCUGAAUAAACAAUCCAGCAUCCAUCCGCCUCGCGCUCACUCGUUGAAACUUCUGCGAGUCCCCCCAAAGGUUAAGGUCAACUGCCGCACGUGAGACCGUCUGGAACACUUCGCGAUCCCCUCAUCAACCGACGACUUCUCGUGGCGCUGCAAUCAUCUAUGACGUUUUGAAAGACCACCUGUUCUCCCUCCGCGGAAGACAAUAUACAAAGAAGCCCUUUGUGGCCUUGAACAGCCUUUGCGACAUACAUCGCCGUUGACGAUUACGAGAACUGAGACACCGCGCAUUUCUUUCGCAACUUAGCCAUGGCGACCUCGCCCCCGGCCUCGCCGGGAGGAAUCCCUCAAAGGCCCAUGAGCGCCAUCGCAAGAGCCCAUCCUAGAAGCAGUAGCAGGUUGAGCAUGACGAGCAAGACUGGAGGCGGGAGCAGAGCCUCAGACGACGAAAGUCGGACGGCGGUCAAAGUCGCCGUUCGAGUACGACCGCCGUUGAACCCUAACGAUCCUGGAUACGAUCUGAUUCCGCAGCGAUUUCAACGAGCUAUGGUCCAAACGACCUCCGAUACCAGCCUUGCAAUCGAUUCUCCACAAGGUCGCAAACUGUUUGUUUUCGAUCGAGUCUUCAGUUCGGAUACACAACAGGAGGGCGUGUGGGAUUAUGUGUCGGACUGCAUUGGCGCUUUUACUCAAGGUUACAAUGUAUCCUUAAUGGCAUAUGGCCAGUCUGGUGCUGGAAAAUCAUACACCAUGGGUACCUCAGGCCCAGGCGAACAAUAUGACCAAGAGCUGAUGGGUACGUUGAAGCGAACGGGCGGUGAAUGCGCUUGCUAACCAGCACCCAGGUGUUAUUCCCAGAGCUGCCAUGGCGCUUUUUGAAAAGCUCGAUACUCCGGAGACCCCAAAGUCCAAAGCCAAGGCGAACCGCAGUUCUCUUUCGCAUCUUAAAGGCCCACGAGGAUUUACCCAGCAGAAUACGCUUGGCGACCGCGAAUGGUCGCUGAAAGCUACAUAUGUCGAGAUUUACAACGAACAACUUCGCGAUCUCCUCGUCCCUGAAACGACCCCGUUGAACGAGCGCGGAAAUGUGGCUAUUCGCGAAGAUACGAAGGGAAACAUCAUCUUGACAGGCCUUCGACAAGUCGACAUCAACUCAGUGGACGACCUCAUGAAUGCUCUGAACUUCGGCUCCUCUAUUCGACAGACCGAUGCUACAGCUAUCAACGCCAAGUCGUCGCGAUCCCAUGCGGUUUUCUCACUUAACCUUGUUCAGCGCAAGAACAAGUCGUCAGCCGCCGAGAAGCGUUUCUCCGUACCACUCGAGGCGAUGACGGGUCAGGAUGUUACUGUCACAACGGACAGCAAACUUCACUUUGUGGAUUUGGCUGGAAGUGAGAGACUGAAGAACACUGGAGCUCAGGGUGAUCGAGCAAAGGAAGGUAUCUCUAUCAACGCCGGUCUCGCCGCCCUUGGUAAAGUUAUCAGCCAGCUUUCGUCAAGAAACCCUGGAUCCCACGUCUCGUACCGCGACUCUCGACUUACCCGACUGCUACAAGACUCGCUCGGUGGUAAUGCCAUCACUUACAUGAUUGCCUGCGUUACGCCAGCCGAAUUCCACUUGAGUGAGACCCUGAACACCGUACAGUAUGCCCAACGAGCUCGAGCGAUUCAAUCGAAACCGCGCAUUCAGCAAGUCGAAGAGGGCGAUAAGCAAUCUGUGAUUGACCGCCUCAAGGCUGAGGUUGCCUUUCUCCGGGAACAAAUUCGCAGUGCCGAACAUGGCGGCAACAGCCCUCGACGUAACGCCCAAGGAAUUACUGAUCGUUCUGAUCGUCAAAACGAGCGCGAGACUGAGCUCCAGAACCAGUUGUUGGACACCCAAGAGAGCUAUACCGCCUUGAGCCAACGCCAUGCUCGACUGAUUGCUGAGUUGGCGCGCGCUCGUGAAAACGAAUCUGGAGCGGGCCACCAUGAGGAGUCGGGCGAUACAGCAGAUGACCGCCUCAACCGAUCGAAUUCAUUCGCGCAAGCUGUUGAGCAAGUCGUUAUGGAAUACGAGAAAACGAUUCAGUCUCUUGAGCAGUCCCUCUCUUCUACUCGCGGCACUCUCUCUAACACCGAGGCUAAUCUUCUCGAGAAGGAGACGAAAUGCGCUUAUGUCGAAACUAUCAACUCCCAGCUCCAGAGCCGUCUCCAGAAGCUCAUGGACCGAGAGAACAACACCGAGAGUUACCUCCACGAUCUUGAGGCCAAGUUGGAUGGACACACCAACGGUGAAGAGAAGAACGCCACGAUCAUCAUGGAACUUCGUAAGGAGAUUUCCCGUGUUCGAGAGAAUGAGGCGUCUUGUGAAGACUACAUCUCGACCCUUGAAGAGCGUCUUGCUGAGGCGGACCAAGAUGCUGAGUUGAUGCAACGUGAAAUUGACAGACUUGAGCAAGUGGUUGAGCGACAAAGAAGUCUGGGUAAGCUUGACUCGCUUCUCCACGAGCUUGACCAGAUCCAAGAUAAGGAGCCCGAGACCGAGAACGGAAUCGAGCACAGUGCUGAGCAAACCAACGGUGUUGCUGCUCGUCGUGCUAUGGCUGAACACUCUCGAAACCUUUCCCAUGUUAGUCGCCAUAGCCAAAUGGAGGACCCCAUCCCCGAAGGUGACGAGGAAGACCACCCACAUACCAAGAUUGGCCCUGUCAAGGAAGUGGAUGAGGAUCCUCUGCGCCUUGAGAAGCCAACCGAAGAGGCUCCCCCUCAAAGCCCGGCUCAAUCCAAGUUUGUUGCUGACAAGCUUGAGAAUGUUACCCAGGAGCUUAUUGACUUGCGCGUGGAGCACGAGUCGACUCUUCAUGACUACGAUUCUCUCCAUGCCAAGUACGAGGAUGCUAUGCGUAAGAUUGCUGAGAUGCAGGAUGUUGUUGACGAGGCCCGUCAUGUCAACCUUAAGCGCGAGUCGGUUAUUUCUGUGGCCACACCGACCCAUACUCGUCCCGAGUCUUUCCUUUCUGACUCUAGAACAAAUGAUCUGAAGGCUGGGCCGAGGUCAUCCUUUACACGAUCACUUUCAUCUGAAUUAUCCUCAGCCAUGGAUUCUCCUGCCACUGCUGCUUCAUCAAACGGUGACAUCUUGUCUGACGAUGAGACCGCUACCACGAAACCCGCAGCGGCAUCGACGGAGAACUUGCCCCAGGAUGAUAACGUUGAGAUCGCCGCAGAGCUCCAGAGACUCAAGUCGAUGGCACAGGAACGUGAAGCUGCUGAAAGAGAAUUGGCCGAGAGAUAUGCCCAACUUGAGUUCAAGCAUAACGAGACCCUCGAUAUUGUUGAGGAGCUCAAGACUGACCUAUCUCGAGCCCGAGUUGCGGAAGCUACAUCACCUCGUUCCAGCACCCCUGUCAUUCGACGCAAGUCAAGUCAGAACCUGCUCGUUGUCGACCGUGCCCAGCGCUCAUUUUCAUCACUGCGAAACAUUGCUUCUGAGUACUUCGGCGGUCAGCCUGAGGCCAUGCAGAGCUUCGAACUGAACUUGAAUGCCGCUAUCCACGAACUGCACGUCAGGAGCGAACGCAUUCAGGAACUAGAAGCAGAUGUCGCAGCAGCGAAGAAGGAGAUGGAGACCAAGAUGACCAUUAUCUCGGGAUUGACGAGAGAGCGAUCCAGUCUCAAGGCCAGCCCUGUAGAGAUGUCCAUGGUGGCAACACUGCGGGAUCAGCUCGAGCAGAAUGAGAGACAGCUUUCCGAUACGAGGAACGCUCACAUGGCUCGUGAGCAAGCGCUCACAACUGAGCUUGAGUCUCUGCGACAAGCACUUGCGGCCAAGUCUAGUCUCCAGGAGCCCGACAAUGCUGACUCCAAGCACGAGCAGCGUGUUGCCGAGCUCCAGACUGAGCUUGCCACCUGGGAGCAGAAGCACAAGGAGGCUCUUGACUCGAUGGCGACAACAGAAACCCAGAUGCGGGGUACGAUCGAGGAGCUUGAGGCUCGAGUUGUUUCCAACCAUGCUCAAAUCUCUGCAUCUAGAUCCCAGAAUGGCGACAGGGAUGAGCCAAACAGCGAAGCUGAGCAGCGACAACAGAACCUCAUCAGCUUCCUUCGCAACGAGAUUGAUGAGUACAAGGCCAUUAUCAACAGCAACGCUACCAAGGUUGCUGAACUUGAGCAGGCUCAUGCUGCUGCUCGCGUCGAGCUGGACGAGCUCCACAAGUCUCACAACGCUGUACAGGAGGACAACUCCCGUCAGCUAGAGCUUAUUGCCAAGCUGCAGGAGCAGAUUGCGACUCAUAAUGAGGGCGCCAAGAGUAACGAGACAUCGCUCGAGGAGCUCAAGGCUGAGCACGCUAAGGCCCUGGCUGAUCUUAAGGCGACUGAGCAGAAGGGCUACGAAGAGCAGGUUGAAGUGUUGCUGUCUGAGCAUGCCGAGAGCGCUCACCGACUGGAGACUGAGCUUGCAGAGGUUCGCGAUGAGCUCAACAAGGCAGCUUCUCAUGUCGCCAUGGCUCUUGGUCUCGAUGCCGAUGCUGAGAAGUUGGUGGAGCGUAUCGAUGAGCUUGCAGCCAGCAAGAAGGCUCUUGACUCGGAGCAGGCCAAGCGGGCCGAGAUUGAGUCACAUGUUAACGAGCUCACAUCUAUUAAUGAGAAGAUCAUGAAGGAUCUUGAAGACGCCAAGGUUGCUUUGGCUGAGAUGCUUGAUGGAGGUGCUGGUUCUGGUCCCCUGGUCGAACAGAUCAAGAUCGCCAAGAAGAGGAUGACAGAUCUUGAUGAUCGAAGCAAGAAGAACAGCAGACUUGUGGAGGAGCUUGAGGAGCAACUCCAGAAUAACUUUGACGAGGUUCAAAUCACCAAUAACCGAUUGAGCACCCUGCAGACUGAACGCAACAGCCAAUUGGUUGAGGCCAAUGCCGCUACUGCACGCCUCACUGCUGAAUUGCAGGUCUUGAAGGAAGAUUAUGCAGCUCUCCAGGCUAAGAUGGACGAGGUGGCGGCUGGCGUCCAGCGGUCAAACUCUAACUCAACCAUUCGCAAGAGCGCAUCUCACGUCUCUCUGCCAUCACCCCCACCAGCUAUCCCUCUUCCCCCUCUGCCAAACGGUGCAGGAUCUCCCGUCAACGGAGCUCCCAGCUCACCUACCAAUGGACGUCCUAUCAGCAAGGACAACAUCAACAUCUCUCAUAUCACUGAAGACCAGGAAGCGCGUAUCCGAACCAUCGAGAAGCACCUUAAUGCGGAGCGUCAACUUACCCAGACACUCGAGGAGGCUCUUACCGAUCUGGAAAGGCAAUCUAACAAAGUCAAGGCCGAUUGUGAUGCCUGGAAGAAGCGUGCUAGUGAGCUAGAGGUCGAGGUCAAGGAGCUCAAGGACCGCCCUCCCCCUGAGCCUGUUCAGGACAACAGAUGGAGUCUCCAAGCUGUGGAGGAGGAGCGCAAGAAGCGACAGGCUGCAGAGGCUGCGCGCCGCCAGCUCGAGGAGCGUAUGAAUGCCAUCAACAAGGGCAAGAAGAAGAAGGGAAGCUUGAACUGCUUCUAGAGGAGGCGAAGCUGUAACUAGCCGACUUAUUAUGCGCGGCCCGUUCCGCAGUCUUUUGAUCACGGGACACACACACUAAGCAUUUGGGGGGUUGAUUGGGAUGGGAUUCUUUUUGCAACGCCUUUAUGUGUCAUCACGUUUCUGAUUUGAUGUUGUUCACCAUAUUCCCCCUCGAGUUUUAUUGUCGGUCUGACGGUCCUUUUUUUCGUCGUCGGGCAUCCCAACCAAGUUUUCAAGCACUGGCCAGGAGUUUGGAGGAUUCUUUUAUUACUUUUUGUCGGUUUUUCUACCCCGUGAAAGAAAGGGGGGAUUUAUCACAUACACGAGCGGCUCGAUGCAUAAAGAUGUCAUUUUGGGUGCCUGUCUUUGUACAUGUGUAAUUUUUCUUGCUUUUUCGAUUUGACUACUCCCACCAGUUUCAAGGGGAGAUAUUUUUUUUGGGUGGCGGACUUUGAUUCAAAGAAUGAAGCGGGAAGAUGGGAUGAUUCUUAUGAGGGGGAACCCAAUUUGAUCUUUGGGUUCCGCAAUUACAGAUUACAUAUGAGGGAAAACAAAAAAACGUGGAUGUUUUUUUUUGUUUUCCGAAAGACGAUAGUGGUAAAUACUAGUUUCAAAGACCCUUAAAAUCAUUCAUUCGCCUUG